UCUGUAUAAUCAACUUCUAGAACUUAAUUUUUAGGUAGUAAUUUAUUAAUAAGGCUUUCCUAAUGUGUUAAGUCUAAAAGGAGAACUCUGUUGAUAGAUUUCAUAAAGUAUGUAUUCCGCCACGACCCCUGCCAGUGGCCGAGACUCUGCUUGUGUAAUGAGAGAAGAUAUGGUCGUGGCAAGGGGUGGAACAGCGCCUGUGGAAUGUAGCCACUUUAGUACUUCUGUCCUCACAUUUCCAUCACCAUUCUGUUAGCUCUUAAAUAUCUUGCAGGCUUUUUCACCUAAUCCCAAGGUUAUUUCCCUGUCUUGUUCUUUAUAAUUGGUUACAGGGAUUUUUAUGGACAAGUAGGCUGGUAAAUUUAAAAAGUUAUUUUAGCAUUAUUGAUCUUUGAUCACACUCGGUAAGAAUGAACUUGUUCUAGAGAUUUCUUCUACAAUGGGCAUUGCAUUUUUUAUAUGUUGGGUUGUCUUGGGAGUUCUGAUAGGGGUAGUAGUAGUACCCAUUUGUAAUUAUAAACCUCUAGGACCAUAUGAAAAGAUUAGGAGGGAUAGCCUUUCUGAACCAUAUAAUGCCCUUACUUUUGCAUUUUCUGGGGGAAAGGAAAUUUGCUGUUAUUUACUCAGUAUGAUUUUGUGAGUUCUAUUAGAUAGAAGUGACUUGAUACUACAUUUGGGAAGGAGAAUGCCAUAAUUUUUCCCACUGCCACCUUUGGCUGAGUACACUUUGUUUUCUUAUGUAAUAAGGAUAUUCUUGAGAAGUUUGACACGUAUCAAGUCAGAUUAACUAUUUUCAAAGCAUCUGUAAUCAUAAUAUGUUAAGACAUGGUAGUGAGUCCUUUUAUAAAACAAAUUCUAUACUUUGAUCUAUAUAAACAUACAGUGACUUAAACUGAGUGCAUUUAUUAACAAUUACAUGGAGUAAUAGAUUUUUAAAAAAGAAUAAUAAGACUUUUUACAGAGGAGUUUUAGGCUGAAUUCUAAAGGAACAGCAAAGGUAGGUGGGAGAAGUUAGAGAUGAUGAGAAACCUCAUGGAGGGUGUAAAAGUAUUCAAAUUGGUUCUUUAGGGUAGUAGGCACUGUGCAGCAGUAAUCACCUGAUUUUACCUCUGAACUGGGGUAAGGGCGAGUUACUGGGACAGGGCAAGUUUCUUCCUGCCCUAGACUAGAAAUUGGCUCUGGGUCUUUAUAUAGUUUCUUUGUUACUAUGUGGACUCAGUAGAUAAUACAAGAUAUGGUGGUAAGAAGGUGAACAUUUCUCUGUCUUUGAUGAUUUGAGGGCACAGGGAAAUAAGCUUUAAGCUUUUGGUUAGACGCUUGUCUUUCUUGCUCUGCUUUCCUCUCACUGAAGGUGUAUGGAUUUUAUUUCAAGGGGAAUGUGCCUACUCUGUUCUAAGCCAGUGGUGACAUUUGGCCUGUAACAAGUGUACCUGUGGGGAGGGCUUUCCCUUUUCUGGCCCCAUUUAUAAACCAGGGGUUGCUUCUGUUUGCUUUGUGUGCUGUUGAGUUUUAUUCUCUCUGGUUUCCCUAAGCUAAGCUCUAAACUAAUUCUAUACAAAAGAAAUACUAAUUAGUUGUUUUUAUAAAUUGCUUGCCAUUAAUGCCUGAUAAUAUGCAGUAAAAUUAGGAUUCUGCAUACCAUUAUAUAUGUCAAAUAUUACAGACUUUAAGGUUCUUUUAAUUACAAUACUAAACUCAGUUCACUUUUGCUUAGCCUUCACAGUUGUUGAUCACAUAGCAUGGUCAUCCACUCACAGCUUAAAAAAAUACAGGGAGCAUCGGAGAGAAUGGGUUCAAUGUAUCUAUGCCUGCCUACUUCAAUCUGCAAGGGAGUGUCAGAAAGGCCCCGCAUUCGCCGAGCCGAGAUACUACUCGCCAACGAAUCAAAUUCAGUGAUGACAGAGUGUGCAAGAGUCACCUUCUCAACUGUUGCCCCCAUGAUGUCCUCUCUGGAACUAGAAUGGAUCUCGGAGAAUGUCUGAAAGUCCAUGACCUGGCUUUAAGAGCAGAUUAUGAAAUUGCAUCCAAAGAACAAGAUUUUUUCUUUGAACUUGAUGCUAUGGAUCAUCUGCAAUCAUUCAUUGCAGAUUGUGAUCGAAGAACAGAAGUGGCCAAGAAAAGAUUAGCAGAAACUCAAGAAGAGAUUAGUGCUGAAGUGGCCGCAAAGGCAGAACGUGUUCAUGAAUUAAAUGAAGAAAUUGGUAAGUUGUUGGCCAAAGUGGAACAACUAGGAGCUGAAGGAAAUGUGGAAGAAUCCCAAAAAGUAAUGGAUGAAGUAGAGAAAGCACGGGCAAAGAAAAGAGAAGCAGAGGAAGUUUAUCGGAAUUCUAUGCCAGCUUCCAGUUUCCAGCAACAGAAGCUUAGAGUCUGUGAAGUCUGCUCUGCCUAUUUAGGUCUUCAUGAUAAUGACAGACGACUGGCUGAUCAUUUUGGGGGCAAACUGCACCUGGGAUUUAUCGAAAUAAGAGAGAAGCUUGAAGAAUUAAAGAGAGUUGUAGCUGAGAAACAGGAGAAAAGAAAUCAGGAACGCCUGAAACGAAGAGAAGAAAGAGAGAGAGAAGAAAGGGAGAAGCUGAGGAGGUCUCGAUCACAUAGCAAGAAUCCCAAAAGGUCCAGGUCCAGAGAGCAUCGCCGACACCGGUCUCGCUCCAUGUCCCGGGAGCGGAAGAGGCGAACUCGCUCCAAGUCGCGGGAGAAGCGCCAUCGGCACAGAUCCCGCUCCAGCAGCCGCAGCCGCAGCCGCAGCCACCAACGAAGCGGGCACAGCUCUAGAGACAGGAGCAGAGAACGAUCCCGGAGGAGAUCCUCAAAAGAAAGAUUCAGAGACCAAGACUUAGCAUCACGUGACAGAGACAGGAGUUCAAGAGACAGAUCACCUCGUGACAGAGACCGAAAAGAUAAGAAGCGGUCCUAUGAGAGCGCUAAUGGCAGAUCAGAAGACAGGAGGAGCUCUGAAGAGCGCGAAGCAGGGGAGAUAUAAUUAGCUGUGUACAUGUCCUCAACCCUUAAGCUUCCUACGGAGUUACGUACUCGUUUAGUUUACAGCUGUUGGGGGGACAGUGAGCAGUUCCAGACUCCGAUCCACAUAGGCUAGAUGCGCAGUAUCUAACUCGAUCUGAACUGAACUUGCUUUCCCUGAUGAAGCCUAAAACUACAUCCAUAGUUUCUGGUGAACCUGUAAUGCGAUUCUGAAAGUACAGUUUUAUAUAAUAAGAUGCCGAUACCUUUAUUCUUUCUAGUAGGAGUGAUAGUGAACGAAUUGUGUUGCUUGCCUGGGGAGUUUUUGAACAUUUGUAAAAUGCUGUCUUCCUUUCUAGUCCACAAACAACAGCUAUCAGAAUUUUUCUUUUUAAUUCUUCUUCCUCUGACUUUUGUAUCCCCUGACACCUCCACCCUCUAAUUAUAGGAGAAAGGGGGAGCAGGGAAGCAAUAUAACUCCUGUUCAAUGGUUCUGUUCCAUUAUGAGCUGAUUACAGAGCAUUUAUACUGGAAGGUGUGCUGGAGAACUUAAAUACUGGGAGUUUCUGUUUUGUUUUACGGUGCCUAUUUAGAGUUGGAAGUUGAACAGCUGUUGCAUUACAUACUUUGCUUUUCUAUUGAAAUUUUGAAAUCGAACAUGUCUUGAUUUUUCUGUUUUAUUGAAUUGCUAUGUUCAGGAUGUUUUGAAAAGGGGGGUGGGGCAGGGGCUCUUUCAUAAGCACUUGUUUUAUUUUUUGUGUGUGUGGAGUAUAAAGGCUACAACCUUAUUGUAAAAAAUAAUAAAAUGAAACAAUCACCACCACCAUCAUUAAACUGUAACUUGUCUAAAUUGUCACUAGAACUAUUUGCUGUGGGCAUUUCUUCUAUUCUGUUAUAUCAUUAUUAGUGCCUUACUGUGCAAGGCACCAAAGGAAAUAAACGUUACUUGCCAAGAUGAA